GCAGUGGUUUAAAUAUUUUUCAGUAAACAUUGAGAAACGUUGCACAAAAAAUAUAUCAGCUGUUCGAUCCUUCGGGAACACGAUCAAUCGCAUUCAUUUGGGAUCAAAGAAAUUGUAAUUUGCAGUACAAUCAUUCAGGGAAAGAAUAUCAGGACAGAUUUCUGUUUGGAAGGUCCGAGUAUAUUUAAUAGGUUAAGUGUCACUUAAGGUGGCACAUGCAUCAUCAAUUUUGGAGUAUUUGUUUACCUCGAUAGGUGAUAAUGGCUCUUACUAAUAUCUCCGGCAUUCCCGAUAAACAUUGGCAGCCUCCAUUCGUCAAUCUGGAUACUACAAUGGGAGAAAUUGUGAUUGAAUUGUACUGGAAGCACGCACCACUCACCUGCAGAAAUUUUGCUGAAUUAGUCCGGAGGGGGUAUUACAAUGGAACAAAGUUUCACAGAAUCAUUCGAGAUUUUAUGAUACAAGGUGGUGAUCCCACUGGAACUGGAAAGGGAGGAGUGUCUAUUUAUGGAGAGUGUUUUGAUGAUGAAAUCCACGAUGAUUUAAAGCACACAGGUGCAGGAAUCUUGUCAAUGGCGAAUUCAGGGCCGGAUUCCAAUGGAUCUCAGUUUUUUAUCACUUUGGCUCCAACUCAGUGGCUCGACGGUAAACACGCGAUUUUUGGAAGAAUACAUUCUGGAAUGAAUGUUGUGAAACGAAUUGGCCUCGUGGAGACUGAUAAAAAUGAUCGACCAAUUGACGAAGUUAAGAUUGUUAAAGGAUCGAUAAAAAAUGCUUGAUGAGGUUACGAAUUAACGUUGUAUUUAAUAAAUUUGAUCAUUUUCUCAA